CAAGCCUGACGAUUGGUUAGGUGGGCUGCUUGUCAGACCAAAGUCUGGUUUUGAUUGGUCGAGUUCCGAGCGGGGCUCCGAGCUCCAGGCCCACGGGUCCCGGCACAGCGCUCCAGCAGGCAACAUGGCUGUCCUUGGAGUGCAGCUGGUGGUGACGUUGCUCACCGCCACCCUCAUGCAUAGGCUUGCGCCUCACUGCUCCUUCGCGCGCUGGCUGCUCUGCAAUGGCAGUCUCUUCCGAUACAAGCACCCUUCCGAGGAAGAGCUUCGGGCCCUGGCAGGGAAGCAGAGGCCCAGAGGCAGGAAGGAGCGGUGGGCCAAUGGCUAUAGUGAGGAGAAGCCGUUAUCCGUGCCCCGUGACACCCCUUUCCAGCUAGAGACCUGUCCCCUCACAGCCGUUGAUGCCCUCGUCCUGCGCUUCUUCCUGGAGUACCAGUGGUUUGUGGACUUCGCGGUGUACUCGGGUGGCGUGUACCUCUUCACAGAGGCCUACUACUAUGUGCUGGGCCCGGCCAAGGAGACCAACAUCGCUGUGUUCUGGUGCCUGCUCACCAUCGCCUUCUCUAUCAAGGUGUUCCUGACCGUGACCCGGCUGUACUUCAGUGCAGAGGAGGGGGGCGAGCGCUCAGUCUGCCUCACCUUCGCCUUCCUCUUCCUCCUCCUGGCCAUGUUGGUGCAGGUGGUGCCGGAGGAGACCCUUGAGCUGGGCCUGGAGCCAGGUCUGGCCAGUAUGACCCAGAACUUGGAGCCACUUCUGAAGACACAGGGCUGGGACUGGGCUCUUCCUUUGGUCAAGCUGGCCAUCCGCGUGGGGCUGGCGGCAGUGGGCUCCAUGCUGGGUGCCUUCCUCACCUUCCCAGGCCUGCGGCUGGCCCAGACCCACCAUGAUGCACUGACCAUGUCGGAAGACCGGCCCAUGCUGCAGUUACGUGGGGGACCGGGUGGAUGGAGCGUUAGGGCGCCUAGGGAAGGGGCCGGUGGGGAUGGUGGGUGCCCAAGCCUACCCGCUCUGCGCCCUUGCCCCCAGGUUCCUUCUGCACACCAGCUUCCUGUCCCCCCUGUUUGUCCUGUGGCUCUGGACCAAGCCCAUGGCGCGGGACUUCCUGCACCAGGCUCCCUUUGGAAGCACGUCCUUUUCUCUGCUGUCCGACUCGGCCUUCGACUCGCUGCGUCUCUGGAUGCUGGUGGCACUGUGCCUGCUGCGGCUGGCGGUGACCCGGCCCCACCUGCAGGCCUACCUGUGCCUGGCCAAGGCUCGAGUGGAGCAGCUGCGGCGGGAGGCCGGCCGCAUCGAGGCCCGAGAGAUCCAACGGCGGGUGGUGCGGGUGUACUGCUACGUGACAGUUGUGAGCCUGCAGUACCUGACUCCGCUCAUCCUCACACUCAACUGCACGCUGCUGCUCAAGACGCUGGGCGGCUACUCCUGGGGCCUGGGUCCCGUCCCCCCGCUGUCUCCCACCCCGUCCUCAGCCCUCGAUGGCCUGGUCGGCCCCGAGGAGGACGAGGCCCGGCAGACCGUGGCCCUGAUCGCCGGGGUCCUGGGCAGCCUGCUCACGCCACUCUUCCUCCGCGGCGUCCUCGCCUUCCUCAUCUGGUGGAUCGCCACCUGCCAACUGCUCUCUAGCCUCUUCGGCCUGUACUUCCACCAGCAACUGGCGGGCUCCUAGCCCGCCUGCAGACACUCCUGCAGCCCCAAGGUCUGGUCCUGGGCCAGCGGGGCGCGGGCCACCCCCUCAGUGUCCCCAGGUGCAAUGUGGUCCUGGGAGUCCCAGAUGCGUCCGCUGUGCCA